AUGGAUCUUGCCGAAGACAGCCCAUAUACGACCAUGGACGGGAAUGCCGCAUCUGCUCCUGAUGAAAAAGAAAUGCAGCAUCGGUCAAAUUCUGGUGGAAUGAUGGAUGGUAUUAUGGGUAAAGAUAGGCUAGAUGAGGAUGUCUCUGAAGAACGAUGCAGCCGUUCAGGCUGUCCCAGUCGAUUCAAAAAAGACGGUUUCAAUUGCAAGGAAUGCCAGUCGCAGAUAUAUUGCAGUAACGUAUGCGCAGAGAGACAUUGGCCGGAACACAAACUUACUUGCGAGUGUCUUAAUUAUGUUCUGAGCAUCGACAUGUGUUUCGAGAGAUAUCGCAACAAUCGGCCUGGUUGUAUCAUGUCCUGUCCAGCAAGAGCCACCUUUGAGGACUUUUACCAAGCACUCAGCAUCUCCUUGCCUUGUCUUGAACCUGUAUACCGCUUUUACAUCUUUGACAGGGGCCAGAUAAAUGCUGCGAUUAGCCAUUAUCCACGACCUGAAAAGAUUAUUACGAGACCGGGAUCAAGCUCUAGUGUAUUAGAUUAUCGCCCUGAUCUACGACAAUUACUAGGACAAAUUCAGAAGACCUGGCAGUAUAUGACCUUAUUCAUGGACAGAGCACCAAUUUCUCCAUUUCUGCUUAUGUGGAGUGGUGCCUUUCGAUGUAUAGAGGAUUAUGGCAAAGGCCAAAAUUUUAUGACCUUGAGACUUGCAUAUGAAGCUUCUGAACCGACACAAGAACAGAGAGAAUUGCUCUCUUGGUACGAAUCAAUCAAAGCCUCGAAGGCUACCAGAGAAGGAAUCAACCAAACUCUGAGCCUUAUACGCACCGUCCUAUUCGAAGUUACUAAGGAAAUGGUUGAAGUCCAGAGAAAGAAGAGCUCCUCAAGAACUAUCAAAGUGCACAUCCUGUACAACGAGUGCGAAGCCCAGUUCAAUAUGGGUCAGUGGGAGUCCACUCCUAACGAGAUUGAAUUACGAAAGGAAGAGCAGAUGGCGAGAUGUGUGAAGGAUAACACCACCGAAGUUACAUACUGA